CAGAAAUUAAAAAGAAUUAAAAAAAUGAUGUUUAUGUUCUUAAAUCUUAGCAUGUCGAACACCGAAGCCGAGCACCGCAAAGAGGAGGAGGCUCCCGCCGGCGAGGACGAGGACACCGGAGCUCAGGUAGCUCUAAUCGUCAAAUUCGAAGAGGUCACCGUCUCCACUGGCGAAGAAAACGAACAUGCUAUUCUCGAUCUUAAAUCCAAGCUAUAUCGAUUCAAUAAGGACGGGAAUCAAUGGAAGGAGCAAGGUGCUGGAACAGUGAAGUUCCUGAAGCACAAGGAAACUGGAAAGGUUUGCCUUCUCACGAGGCAAUCUAAGACGCUCAAGAUCUGCGCCAAUCAUUUGAUUCUACCUUCGAUGAGUGUGCAGGAGCACUUCGGGAACGAAAAAUCAUGUGUUUGGCAUGCUAGAGACUUCGCCGAUGGUGAAUUGAAAGAUGAGCUUUUCUGCAUUCGGUGCAUUUUGCUGUCGACGGAGACGACGAUGUGGGACUGGGCGGCGAAGUUGUGGACCUCGUCGGGGAGAAGAAGGUAGAGAAGGAGGCAGGAGCUGAGAUGGUACGGUGGCGGAAAGAGAGAGAAGAAGAAUUGGGGUUGUGGUUGGGAUGGGGGGUUCCGAAGAAAGAGGUAGGAGGAAGG